CAGUUUCCAUGAUGCAGCCGGGAAUUCCAGCACGUCGGAAAGCCCGGGCUUCCAUUUCGUCGUCCUCUGGUCAUGCGGAACAAGUGGACGCCACACAAUAUGGGGGACAGACAGAGUUGGUAAUUGGCGAGAGCAGAUUGGGGUGCGUGCGCCCAAGGCCAGCCUCCCAUUCGCGCUAGCUCAGAUCGGGGCCUGGUCAUGUCAUUCCAGAACUGGCACAGCACUUUCCGCCCCUGUCUUUGAUCUCCUGGAAUUGGAUUUUCUGGAAAGGCGAAUGAGCCGCGCGUGGCCGCAAGGGGGUGGAUAACGACAGAGGAGCAUAGCGCCAAAUGUUUUUUUCUCCCUCCUCUCUCUUUUUACUCCUUCAGCAAAGCCGCCCCGACGCACACUACAUAUCGGAUAAUACGCGACCGCCCGAGACCUGACUGACUCCGAUCACCGCCGACUUGCUGCUGCUGCUUCCGUUGCUCCUGCUAUCUAAGCCCCCACGCACGUCACACCCGUGCCUGUGUCCCGCCCCAACAAAGUCUUGACGUACGACCAGACAACAACCGGGCCUGCUUCAUCUUACUGCCGGCGCGCGCACCCACGGAUCCUUUUGCCGUGCCCUCCCUCCCUUCUCUCCCAGCCAGGCAUCCGUCCUCGCUGUCAUUCCGUUUCCACCCCUUCUCUUUCUCCUCCGCAUCGUCUGCCACAACAGCGUAUUCCGAGACGAGGGAUCCCCGCGCCCGUCCCGUAUAUAGACUUUGGGCUGCCCGUUUCUAAUCUCUGGCCAGCCAAGUCACUUCGCCCAAUUGUCACUCGAGCCAUCCAAGCGACGUCUCCGGGGCCCGGCUCUUUGUCUGGGUUCCCUUAACUACCGGCGCCGACCGCCUAACCUAACUUGAGCAAUACCAUCUGUUUUUACCACGGCCGAACCCGACUCAAGACGACGGCCUACGUGACUUUCUCCCUAGUUGCUGCUCAGUCACACCCGAUUUCUCGCUUCCAAAGACGAUUCUUCCCGCCAUCACCCACCGUAUACAAACAGCCGGCCGCCUUCACCAUCAGCGACUAUGAGUGGGACUAAUGGACUCCACGCCGCCGUGGAUGGCCUUCAUAUAAACGGAAACGGCAAAGGCCACGUCACUAUCAGCGCAAACGGAAACGGAAACGGAACCAACGGAGCAAAAGGAAGCAACGGCACACUGAGGGUCAAGAUGGCUAGGAAACAGUCUAGUCCCAUGCAGCCGGCCUUCAUGGUCUCGGCACCGGGCAAGGUCAUUGUGUGGGGAGAGCACUCGGUUGUGCACGGCAGGGCUGCCAUCGCCGCCACAAUAAACCUGAGGUCAUAUCUGCUGGUGACCUCGCUAUCCAAGUCGAAGAGGACGGUGACGCUCAGGUUUCCCGAUAUCGACCUGAUACACACAUGGAGCGUCGAUGACCUGCCAUGGUCGACAUUUUCGCACCCGUCCAAGAAGAAAUCGUACUACAGCCUCGUCACGGCACUCGAUGACGACCUCGUGGAGGCAAUACAGCCGCACUUAACGUCCAUCUCGCCCGACAAGCCUGAGGCAGAGCGAAAGGUGCACCUUAACUCAGCGGCCGCCUUCCUCUACCUCUUCCUCUCGCUGGGCUCCCAGGGGUUUCCCGGCUGCAUCUACACGCUCCGUUCCACAAUACCCCUUGGCGCCGGUCUGGGUUCCAGCGCCUCCAUCGCGGUGUGCCUGUCAACUGCGCUCCUGCUGCAACUGCGGACACUCUCAGGUCCGCACCCGGACCAGCCGUCCGAGGAGGCGCAACUCCAGAUCGAACGCAUCAACAGAUGGGCCUACGUGGCCGAAAUGUGCAUACACGGCAACCCCUCGGGCGUCGACAACACGGUCUCGACACAGGGCAAGGCUGUUGUGUUUCAGCGCACCGACUACAACGGCCCGCCAUUUGUUAGGCCGCUCUGGGACUUCCCGGAGUUGCCGCUGCUGCUUGUGGACACCAAGCAGGCCAAGUCGACGGCGCACGAAGUGGCAAAGGUGAAAAGGCUCAAGGACGCGCACCCCAAGCUGGUGGGCACCAUCCUGGAUGCCAUGGACCGCGUGACGCAGGACGCUUUAAAGCUCAUAAGCGAGGACGAUUUCGAUAGCGAAGAGCUCGAAUGCCUUAACAAGGUGGGCGAGCUUAUGACUAUCAACCACGGCCUGCUCGUGGCGCUGGGCGUGUCGCACCCGCGGCUCGAGCGCGUGCGCGAGCUCGUCGAUCACGAGGAGAUCGGGUGGACCAAGCUCACGGGCGCGGGCGGCGGUGGCUGUUCCAUCUCGCUGGUUCGCCCGGACGCGCCCAAGGAGAAGUUGGCGCGGCUUCAGGAACGGCUUGAGGAGGAGGGCUACGAGGCGUUCAGGACCACACUCGGCGGUGAUGGCGUCGGCGUGCUCUGGCCGGCGGUACUGCGGAACGGCAUGGACGAAGACCACGAGGGCGGCAUGGAGAUCGACAUGGAGAAGUUUCUCAACGCGGAUGGUACCGAGGGCGUCGAGCGCCUUGUUGGCGUCCACGGCGGUGGCGGCGAGAGGGAAGGUUGGAAGUUCUGGAGGGUUGGGACGCAUUGAGCUUUCUCGUUAGAAGAGAAGUGACACUAAUUUCUGAUGGGUUUGUCGAGGCAAGCGGGCGAGUGGCGUGAACGGAUCUAAUUAUCUAAAACAGCAAAAGCACAAAAAACCUGGAAGCAAAAGACGAGGAACGGGCUCCCAAUGUCAACUUUGGACGUCUUCCUGUUCUUGUCCCUGCUAUUUACAUCCUUUAGAUAGUUGUAGUGAGGUUGGAACAAAGUUCGGAGGCCUUUUAUCACGUAAAUCGUGCGCACCGCCACGUCUACAAGAGAGUGAAGAUGGGUCCGGUUCAUCGAGGGGUAUUGACUGUUGCUAGGCAGAAAAGAGAUGAUGUUAGUGGAUGUUGGUUCUAG